AUGUUAUCUUUGUUAGAGGAUUGGAAAAAAAGCGACAUUAUGACAUUGGGAGGUCAGAUGAAUCCUCCCAUCAUAACCAAUGUUACUGUUGCUGGUGAUGAAGUGAUUAAGGAAUAUAGUGCCACUGUUGAAAAACAAGAUGUUGAAGGUAUAGGGUGUAGAAAGAAGCGGCCGACCACUACAUUGUUGAGUCCAUUUACUGAUUCCUUUAGAAAACAAAACCCAAGCCCAUUGACAAUGUCAAGGAAAUAA